CUCCACACGUGUCGACGGUUUUAGCUUCUCUGUUCUCUCUCUUUUUUCGUUAGUAAUUUAGUUUGUGUGCAAACUUUGCAUGUUUUUCUCACUGUGACUCCACGCAGUGUGUGUGUGUGUUAAUGUUUAGUUGCGUCACAUGUGUCCCCGCAGCUUCCACGGAGGGUCAGUCCACCCACGGAGAGCGGGGAAAGCACAGCAGGCGAAACGGGCUGCGAGUAAUUCUUGGUUCAUACCAACAGAGCUCAUUGGUUUGAUCUCUACGAUUUCAUCGGACCUCCAUCCCCUGGAAAAGGUCACGGCUCUUCCUGCUAAAGUUGCGAUGGCGGAGCGGGUUCUGGUGGUAGGAGGCGGGGGACAGGAACACGCGCUGGCCUGGAAGCUGGCCCAGUCGCCCCGGGUCCAGCAGGUUCUGGUGGCUCCCGGAAACGCAGGAACCGCCAGCUGCGGCAAGAUCAGCAACUCUGAGGUGUUGGUGAGCAACCACAGCAUCCUGGCUCGGUUCUGUAAGGACCACCACGUCGGUUUGGUCGUAGUCGGACCCGAGGCGCCGCUGGCAGCAGGUGGAGUCGAUUCCAGUUUCUUAUUGUGGGAUCAAACCUCAGGAGGUUCUGACCCGUAUCGUCUCUGCAGAUCAGCCUCCAUUUUGAGCUGCAGGAUGGAAAUAACUUGCUGACUUGUUACUAGAGGUAAGUGUUGCCGCUCCGGGUCCCUCCGUGUCUCUCGGCUCUCUGGAGCCUUUCUAACCGAUGAACCCACCGAGGCUUCCCGGGGCCUCAGUCACCUUGGCCUGGGUCGCUCGGCUCUCAUAGGGCCUGGUCCCCGCAGCAGCGCUCUGUUUACUUUAUUGAAGGCCUGAUCUAGAAAGGAAUUAGAUCAAAUGAAAAACUUUAUUGUGAGACGUUGCUGCUUAUAAAGUGAUGUAAGUGAGGUUACAUUAUGCGACUAUAAGGAACAAAAAGAGAAAUAUUGAACACACUAUAAACACACAGCUCAGUUACUGCGCAGUUAACCUGGUGAAUGAUCAGCUAUGAUCUACCAUGACAGCAGC